AUGCCGUUCUCCAAAGUCCAGAUUCCGAAAACCAAAGCAAAGACUUUGAUGAAAGCCAUAUCAAAGAUCCUGAAAGCCAAAGUAACAGCGUCGAUGAACACACAAGAUUAUUUUAGCACCUGGGCUCGUUUGCAAUCUUCAAACUUUCCGUACUAUUUAUAUGCAUCUGCGAUAAUAAUAUUUUGCGUGAUUUUUUUCGUGGUAUUCGCCGAGCUCGCACAGCGCGCUGCUGGGAAGACCGUUUGUACCCAGCCGCGCGUUCGUCGAGAAUGGAGAGCUCUCAGUCCGAAAGAACAGCAUGAGUUUAUCGAUGCAAUACAAUGUAUAAGUAAAACCCCAUCUUUUUGGGAGUCAAACAGCACGAUUUAUGACGAUAUUGCGGCACUGCAUUCAGGAAUCGGGUCUUGGUGCCAUCGAUCAGCAUGUUUCUUGCCGUGGCACAGACACAUAUUAUCGGUUAUUGAGACCAUAUUACAUCGCCGCUGUGGCUAUCGGGGACUCAUGCCAUACUGGGACUGGUCUCUCGAUUGGAUGGAUCUCACCAACUCAUCUAUAUGGGAUAGCACAACUGGCUUCGGUGGUGACGGAGACCCGAAUGGUCCAGAGACUGUUGGCGAAGGUCGCUGUGUAACCGACGGGCCAUUCUCGGGUCUACGACCAGCUAGAUAUAACCACACACAUGUUGUACAUUGCUUGUCAAGAGGCUUUCGAGACGGCGAUAUCAAAGGUCGUCUUUCUGGGAAGAAAUUUAGUCCUGAGAAUCUUGGAGAGAUCCUACGACAGGAAAACUACUCAGACUUUUUAUUAAGGGUUGAGAGGGAUCUGCAUAAUACACUCCACACUUCUAUCAACGGAGAUUUCAAGGCUAUGACCGCUGCAAAUGAUCCCCUGUUCUUUUUACACCACGUAAACUUGGAUCGGAUGUGGUGGAGAUGGCAGCAAGAAAAUCCCCGAGAGAGAUUAUUCGAAUACUCCGGACAACACAUGUUCAACUCAACAGGUCCAGCAAGCUUCAAUGAUGUGCUUAUGUACGGUGGGUUUACAAAGGAUAUUGCUGUUCGUGAGGCUAUGAGUACAGAGAGAGGGCUACUUUGCUAUAGGUACUAG